AUGGGCCACGCACACAGCAUCCCCGGGCACGACUGCUUUCUGGCAGCUGUCGGGAACAACACUAAUUUGGUUGCUUUUCCCGGAGAGCCUUUCUUCCCAUUGCGCAACCUGCCCCUGUACAACCUCAAUCUUCCCGUGGCACCUGCUGUCAUAACCUCUCCCAAGACAGCCGACCAGGUGUCCAAGAUUGUGCGAUGCGCUGAUGCCAAUGGGUACAAGGUGCAGGCAUACAGUGGUGGCCACAGUUAUGGGAACUAUGGUCUUGGAGGAGCAGAUAGCGCGAUAGUCGUCGACUUGAAACACUUCCAGCAGUUCUCCAUCGAUAACACAUCCCACAUUGCCACAAUCGGGGCCGGGACGCUCUUGGGAGAUGUUCAUCAGCGGCUUUAUCAAGCAGUCGGCUCGGGAGGUCAUUUCACGAUUGGUGGUCUCGGCCCUAUGUCCCGGAAUUGGGGCACAGCACUCGACCAUAUCCAGGAGGUGGAGGUGGUCUUGGCCAAUUCCAGCAUUGUGAGAGCCUCGGACAUGCAGAAUCAAGACAUCUUCUUUGCCGUGAAGGGUGCAGCAGCCAGCUUUGGCGUCGUAACCGAAUUCAAGGUUCACACUCACCCUGCGCCGCAAGAGGCCUUUCAGUAUUCAUACAGCUUCAGCAUUGGCACUGCUGCCAGCAGGGCACAAAUUUUCAAGGACUGGCAGAGACUGAUUACCCAAGAAAACCUCACUCGCAAAUUCGCGAGUGAACUCGUGAUCUUUGAAGGAGGCGUCAUCAUCUCUGGCACUUUCUUCGGCUCCCGAGUCGAGUUCAACACAUUCCAACUAGAAAAGAAAUUCCCACUCAGCAAUUCCGGCACUGUGGCAUAUCUGACAAACUGGCUCGGUAUGCUAAGUAGCCAGGCAGAGGAUCUGAUGCUGCGAAUUGCGGGUAGUGUUUCGACCUCGUUCUAUGCCAAGUCCAUGUCGUUCACGCCCCAGUCUCUGAUACCUGAUGCUGGCCUAGAGGUCAUGUUCCAGUACCUGGAUACCACGCCCAAAGGCACCCUGGCAUGGUUCGUGAUCUUCGACCUAGAAGGUGGAGCAACAAACGAUGUCCCAGUCAAUGCCACAGCGUAUGCCCACAGGGAAGCCAUCAUGUGGAUGCAGUCGUAUGCAAUCAGCUUCUCCGAACCGGUGUCAUCGACCACCAAAAGAUUCCUCAAUGAUUUGCACGGCGUUCUUUCUGCUGCUCGUCCUGGGGCCGACUUACAUUCCUAUCCGGGGUAUGUGGACCCGGACCUGGCUAAUGCACAAAAGGCCUACUGGGGUCCUAACCUCGCCAGACUCCAAAGGAUCAAAACAGAUGUUGAUCCGAAAGACGUCUUUCAUAACCCACAGAGCGUGCAGGCUAUUCCUAAAACGCCCUAG